UUUUAUCAAGUUUUUUUAAUAGGUUAUGUUUACACUUUUGUGUUCACCUACGUUUUGGUUGUGCUCAUAAUAAAGCACUAAUUAUUAUUAUUUAGCAAGCAAUCAAAUUAUACAUAAUAUAGAUUUUUACAUUAUGGACCACAAGAAAAUAGAUCGAAAGAGGAAAAGAUUUGCAGCUCGCUUAAAAAGUAGUAAGCAAAUAACUUGUACUGAUGUGCCUGGAGUUAAUGUAGUUCUAUGCAAUGCCGGUCAGGCAACUGGUUUUGAUAAAACCGCAGUCAUGGGCCUCAUCAAGAACUUAUCAACCGAUAUUCCUAUUCCUAAGUUUAUUGCAGAGAAAGGAGAGUCAUAUUCAUUUCUUAUCUUCAAUAAUUUAAAUGAUGCCCAGUUGUUUUUUGAAACAUAUAACGGCCAGUUGGAUUUUGAUGCUAGUGGCACUCCAUUGUAUAUGAAUUUUGUUGAGAGUGUUCCAAAUAAUGAGAUAAUAUGCUACCAUGAUGAUCCCAAAGGUCUCACCAUACUAGAAGACUUUAUAACCUUGGAAGAAGAACAGAUAUUCCUCCAGCUCUUCGAUUGGCCUGAUGAUGAAGACUCUAUUAAUUUAAAGAAUCGUCAAGUGAAGCAUUACGGAUAUGAGUUCCGAUACGGCAGUAAUGAUGUUGAUUUGAGUAGCCCGCUUGAUGAGAGGAUACCGAAAGAGUGUGACGCGUUGUUUAGUAGGCUAAAAGAGCGUGGGUUCGAUUUUGGGGAGCCUGAUCAGUUGACUGUCAACAAAUACAAGCCUGGACAAGGUAUCCCGGCUCACGUGGACAGACAUAGUCCAUUUGGAGACACCAUACUCUCUCUGUCUCUUGGUUCCGAUGUGGUGAUGGACUGGAGACAUCACUCCGGGAUAAGUGUACCCGUUCUGGUGAAGAGAAGGUCCAUGCUUAUCAUGCAGGCUGAAGCUAGAUAUGACUGGCAACACAGCAUACAGCCGAGAACACACGAUCCCAUCAUCGAAACUAGAAAAUUACAAAACGUGAACACUGAGAGUGACAUCAAAGUUAUCACCGAUGAUACAUUAGCCCGGGAAACCAGAAUAUCUUUGACCUUCCGCUGGACUAGAACGGGGCCGUGUGAAUGCGCCUUUACAAAGUUGUGCGAUAGGGAGAAUGAACAGCCCAACGAAAUUGAUAAUGAAUUGGCAGCUAAUUUAGAAGAAUUACAUGUUCAUCAGGUGUACGAACAAAUCGCAGGGCACUUCAGUACGACGAGACACAAGCCUUGGCCGAGGGUAGUUCAAUUCAUGCAGAACGUGCUCUCCGGAGCCGUGGUGGUAGACCUCGGAGCUGGCAACGGGAAGAACGUGUUGAUAAGGAACGACAUCAUGCAGAUAGCGUGCGAACGCAGCAGUGGUCUCGUCUCAGAAUGUAAGCUAGUUGCAUGCAACAUGUCGGCGGACAGCGUGAGACUCGACAUGUUGCAAGCGCCGCUGCGUGACGGUUGCGCCGAUGUGGCACUGUGCAUAGCCGUUAUACAUCACUUUAGUAGUCACGCACGGAGAUUGCAAGCCAUAUCAACGAUAGCCAGAAUACUUCGCAGCGGUGGUCUCGCUUUGAUAACCGUCUGGGCCAAAGACCAAAGCAAAUCUAACUACCUUUGUAAGACGAAACAAAAUGUCGGCCCCAACGAAAACCAUCUUACUGUCGGCGGCCUAAGCUUACCCGUCCACGAAAACAGAACCCAGUUCCAACAUAACGACCUUUUAGUGCCGUGGAAACUAAGAAAAGUUAAUGAAAACAAAUUAUCCGACAACCCAGAAGACACCCUCUUGAGAUAUUACCAUGUGUUCGAAGAGGGUGAACUUGAAAAUCUCUGUCGAGAAUCUUGCGAGUUUGAUGUUCAAAGUAGUUACUACGAAGAAGGGAAUUGGUGCGUCAUGUGUAAGAAAAUAUAGACUUGCUAACGUAACAGAGUUGUACUUUAUUUUUCUUUUUAAAUACAUUUGUUCUACAAAAUGAAAUAAAAAAAGACUAUAAAAACUAUACAAAACAAUGUAAACAACAAAUAUUUUGAUUGCACAGACGCGUUUUGUACUAAUUUGUUCUGUUUGGAUUUUCUUGUACUGUUGCAAAGUGAUUCUUAUUGUAUAAGUGAUAAGGUUCUAUGUUAGAUAUUGGGAGGUUUUUGUAAUAUAUAUAUUUGGCAGUGUAAAAUAUAAUCCAUAAUUUAAUUUUAAUGCUAUAUCUACUAACAGACAAUUAUUUUACAAAACAGUAACAAAACGAAAUAACAUUCAUAAUACGAAUUCAUAGGAAAUCUAAUUCGAAAAGGCUGUGAAAAAUAUACACCAAU